AUGCCUCCUCCGCCAGCACCACCACCUCCUCCUCCACCGCCUUUGCCUGGCUUUGGCGGUGGUGCACCUCCCCCUCCCCCUCCGCCGCCGGGUGCUCCUCCUGGAAAUCUUCCUACGCAGCCGCCAAAAGGUGCUACGAAAGAUCGAUCAGCGUUAUUAACAGAUAUUACCAAAGGAGCACGAUUAAAGAAGACUGUUACAAAUGACAGAUCUGCUCCAGUACUAUCAAAAACGUCCGGUAGUUCUGGUGGUCCUCCUGUUGGCGGCGCACCGCCUGUUCCUGGCAUGUUGAAGCCCCCCAGUGGCUUUGCUCCUCCUGUUCCGACCGAUAGCGCAAGCCGAGCCCGAAGCAACAGUGAUAGUGGUGGAGUGAACACGGACAGCGCUGGUGUACUCUCUUCGGCUCCGCAACUCGGUGGCCUAUUUGCGGGUGGAAUGCCCAAACUACGGAAACGUGGUGGAAUUGAUACCGGAGCCGCACCCGAUGCCUCGUACCUCUCGGACUCGGAAGCUCGAAGGUCGAGGCCAUCCACUCCUAUGGGUAGUGCUCCAAAGCCGCCAACAGCUCCAAGAGUUGUCCCUCCUCCUCCUCCGCCCUCAGCAGAUGCUCCUUCACAACCUGCAGUGAACCCUUUGGUAGCGAAUUUACGAAAGCCACCCCCAAAACCAGCUUCAAGGCCAUCUUCGACAUUUUCAAUAAAAUCCGCACCUGAUAUGCCACCACCACGAGCGCCUCCACCAUUGCCAGGUGCAGGACGUGCACCCCCUCCACCGCCUCCUCCUUCUGCUCGAAAAGUCUCUGCACCACCCGCACCUCCGCCAAUCGCUAGAAUGAACUCGCCUACGCCAGCCCCCCCACCACCGCCUACCAUUUCCGCUCCAAAACCUCCCUCUCUCCCAAAUUCUUCACCGGCCACCAAUGGCCCUCAAGCCGCUUCCAUCGCAAUGCAGGCUGCCCGCAACGCCUUUGGUCACUUGCAAACAACUUCAACUGCCCCUUCUGCACCGCCUCCCCCGCCGCCCCCUCCAGCAUCUCCGCCAUCCGUAUCUUCCGCUCGCACAUCCUCCCUUGUUUCAACGCCAUUGUCAUCACGGCCUUCCUCUUUCGCAGAUCACGCCGCACAUCAGCAGCCCAGCCGUUCGAUGCUAGAUCCAUCUACGUACACACUGUCCAAUGGCGGUGGAUCGCGACUAAGUACUGGUUCCACAGCGUCGGCCAAUAAUGGCCAUCAUUCUCGGCUCGUUAUACAAGAUGCAAGAUUUAAAUUCCAAAGUGAAUCCCAUCUACCAAAACCGCGAGACUUUAAGGGCGGGCCGAGACUAUAUAGGGCAGGAAGAGGGAGCAGCGUUCCGUUGGAUUUAUCUGUGUUGAAAUGA